AUGUUCUAUUCAGAGACUCUUCUGUCCAAGACCGGGCCACUGGCCCGUGUCUGGCUAUCCGCCAACAUUGAGCGCAAACUGUCCAAGUCGCACAUCCUCCAGUCCGAUAUUGAGAGCAGUGUGAGCGCCAUUGUCGAUCAAGGUCAAGCGCCUAUGGCCUUGCGACUGAGUGGUCAGCUUCUACUGGGUGUUGUACGAAUCUACAGCCGCAAGGCGCGUUACUUACUUGACGACUGCAAUGAAGCAUUGAUGAAGAUUAAGAUGGCCUUUCGCCUCACAAACAACAAUGACUUAACGACGACAGUGGCGGCACCUGGUGGCAUCACCCUUCCCGAUGUGCUGACCGAAUCGGAUCUUUUCACCAACCUUGACACCUCCCUGUUGUUCCCGCAAAAUUUGAAUCUUGAGCCAGAAAUUAAGCGACCAGGAGCUGUGGAUUUCGCCGACAGCCAGUUAUUGCCCGAUAGCAGUUACCGUCGUUCCAUGUCCCAGGAACCAGCCCGCCUUGAGGACCCAACCUUGCUUGGUCUGGAACUUGACCUUGGCGAAGACGAGCUUCCCCUUGGAAUUGACAACAGUGUUGAAAUUGGUCGUGACGCGCCUCCGGCUCGUCCCGUGGAUGAGGACCUGUUUAGUGAUUCUGGAAAGCUCCACGACGACAGUGACUUGGACAUCGACAUUAGCGAUGCUCCUCUUGAGAAGGUCGACGACGGCCUCGGCGAACUCAACGAACCCAUCAUGGAUGACGUUCCUAUGGAUUUUGGAAAUGACACCGGUUUUGGUGGCGAGACCCCUCGCCCCGAGGGACAUUUUGCACGCGACACGGAAAGCCCUCUCUCGGAUGCUGGCUCGGUACAGAUGAACUUGCUCGAAGAGGAGUUCAAUCGCGAGGCUACUCAAGAGGUCGAGGCCCGGUCAGCGAAGCACGGCCAGCGUGCGAAGCGCCAGAAGGUCAUUGUUGCGGAUAAGGAGACCCACUACACCUCCAAGGAGGUCAAGGCGAUCCAGGCUGAUCGUUCGGCCAUUCUCCAGCGGUCCUCGUUCUUGCCUCGGGAUCCGGUUCUUCUCACCCUGAUGACUCGUCAGCAGAACGGCAACUUUGUCUCGAGCAUCUUCGGUGCGGAGCGCAGCCAGGCUUGGGCUCCGGAACUUCGGGAUCUUCUUUCUCUGGACAACGUGAAGAAGGCCGGUGAGCUCAAGCGGAAGCGUGACAGUGGUAUCUCCGACAUGGACGUGGCCAUUGAUGUUCCUGCGUUGGAUCUUGGCGAGGAUGACGCCAUCAUCACUGCUGAUGAAGGUAUUGGUCUCGACACCGGCUUGCACGUUCAGUCCGAGAUCGAAUUUCCUGGCGAUGAUGGUGUGCAAGAUCUUGCGCCCAUGAGCGAUGACGGCAUGACGGCCUCGGUUGAGGACAUGGAUGAUACCAUCCGGCCCAUUGACACCGAGCCCGUCUCCAUUGGAACUAAGCACGCUGUUCACAUCCUGCGCGAAUGCCUGGGGGAUUCCCCCGCGACGGCGCAGAAGAAGGCCGUUGUCUUCCAGGAUCUCUUGCCCGAGAAGCGAUCCACCAAGGCCGAUGCGACCAAGAUGUUCUUUGAAGUUCUGGUUCUGGCCACCAAGGACGCCGUCAAAGUUGAGCAAGGCUCCAAAUCGAUUGGCUCAACGAUGAAGAUCCGCGGUAAGGACGCACUUUGGGGCUCUUGGGCUGAGGAGAAUGCUGGCGGCGCCAUGACCCAGCUAUCUCAACUCCUCCACCAUUCAUGCCGGCGCAAGACGAAAGUCGCGACGACGCCGAAAAACGAGGCUCUGUCGAUUGGCAGCAUUCCACCGAUUCCACCCCCCGAAAGAAUCGAUAAGGACCACGAGCUCACACACAUCAAUUCCGAGGAUGCAACCUUCGCGCCCAUUGUCGCACCAGAUGACCAGCGCAAUGCGCAGCUUCGCAAAGAGCGGUCGAAUGGGUCCCGCAGUCGCUCGCUGGAGCGGUCAUGGUCUCUAAAUGACGGUGUGAGUAUCGGACAUGAGAACCACGGCGGAGAGGAAAGUGAUGCCGAGAGUCAAUCCCGCACGGAGGAGGAGGAUCGGUACACAGUAAGCUGGGAUGAGAACGAUCCGAUGAACCCACGAAACAUGAACAAGGCGAGAAAGUGGCUAGUGGUAGUCAUUGUGUCCAUGGGUUCGCUUUGCGUAACUUGCACGUCUUCGAUGUACACGACCACGUACGAUCAAAUUAUGCCCGAGUUUGGCUGCUCACAAGAAGUUGCAACACUGGGAUUGUCCUUCUUCAUUUGGGGGCUGGGCAUUGGUCCCCUGUUCCUGAGUCCGCUGUCUGAGUUUUACGGCCGACGGAAUAUUUACAUCAUAUCUUUCACCCUCUUUUUGAUCUGGCUGAUCCCAUGCGCUGUUGCGAAAAAUACUGCAACCAUGCUCGUUUGCCGCUUCUUCAACGGCUUGGCUGGAAGCGCGUUUCUGAGUGUCGCCGGGGGUACGGUGGGCGAUCUGUUUGACAGGCAUGAAUUGGGUCUGCCGAUGAUGCUCUACACCGCGAGUCCCUUUAUCGGGCCCGAGGUUGGACCUCUAGUCGGGGGGUUCAUCAACUAUUAUACGACGUGGCGUUGGACUUUCUACGUCCUUCUCAUUUGGACUGGGGUUCUUCUCGUCUCCAUCGUGUUUCUGGUCCCAGAGACCUAUCAUCCCGUGCUUUUGCGACGCAAAGCUCAGAAACUUCGGAAGGAUACCGGAGACGACCGGUGGAAAGCGCCAAUCGAGAAGAUGCAUCGUUCAGUUGCACAGACAGUACUCCGCUCGAUGUAUCGCCCUCUCUUGCUCUUGGCUUUGGAGCCAAUGUGCUUGAACCUCUGUGUCUUCUCCGCAAUUCUACUUGGCAUUCUAUACCUCUUCUUUGGCGCCUUCCAGUUGGUCUUCAGGGAGGUGUAUGGAUUUGUUCUCUGGCAACGCGGACUCUGUUUCAUGGGUCUCUUUGUGGGGAUGGUGAUUGCGAUUCUCUCGGAUCCCUUCUGGCGACGGAACUAUGAGCGUCUUGAGCGCAAUUAUGAAAAAGAGAAAAACACCUCGGACGAGUUCCAGCCAGAAUGGCGGCUGCCCCCUGCGAUUCUCGGCGGGCCCCUCGUGACUAUUGGCUUAUUCAUCUUCGCCUGGACUGUCUACCCUGGUGUGCACUGGAUUGCGCCGAUCAUCGGUAGUGCUUUAUUCGGUGCAGGCACAAUCCUUGUUUUCUCCGGUGUCUUUACCUUCUUGGUCGACGCUUAUCCCACUUUUGCCGCCAGUGCGUUGGCAGCGAACAGUUUCAUGCGUUCAAGCUUUGGUGGAAUUUUCCCCUUGUUCGGGAUUCAAAUGUACAAUAAUCUCGGGUUUCACUGGGCGACCUCCCUUUUGGCUUUCCUGACUCUAGCGAUGCUUCCCUUCCCAUACAUCUUCUUCCGAUACGGCCCCAGCAUCCGCAAGAAGAGUCGUUAUGCGACUCGACAAUCAUAG